AUGCUUCUCUCAAUUAGCCUCGCAUGCUUGAUCCAAGGCAUCCUGGCACAGACAACGAUCAUCACCGGUGAAAAUAACAAAAACUGUCCCGGUGUUCUCAACAAUCCCUCGGAUAACAAAGCGUAUUGCUGCGUCGGCGGCGAGCUUGACCUCAGCACUUGCGAAGGAUGGCCUAUCUGCACAGGCAGUUCUUGGGAACCCAAGUCAAUGAGCUGCUACACCACGAUCCCCGUCUCCGCAUCAGACUAUGACUCGCGGGUCAAGAGUGCAAGCUCGAGGUACCUGAAUGGUGCGGAAGCAUCGGCUACAGACGAUGCGUCGUCUGCGACUUCAACUGGUGACAGUGCCAAAGACACAGCUUCCAAGACGACCGCCAGGGGAAAUGCUGAGCAAACGGCUUCUGAGACUAGCUCUGCGGCGAGUUCCUCUCAGACGGGCAAUGAUUCGAGCAUGAAGACGCCGGGUUCGGUCGGUGGGCUGUUGGGAGGUCUCAUGGCUAUGUGGAUGGUCCUGUGA